AUGAAGAGUCCAAAUCUCCAGUUACAUUGGGGUCCAGUAACUACGGACGAAACAUUUUUCCAGAAUGUUAAUACAAAACCGGAAAUAUUUGAAAAGCAUGUGAAAAAAUAUUUAAAAAUAUAUAAUAAUGGUAGUCGUGGUCAAUUUUACUCCAUUUUUUGCAAUCCGACAUUAAUCAAUCCACAAUCUGUAGGUGAUAUACAAUUACAAAGUUCCGAUCCCUUGGUUCAUCCAUUAAUUAAUCCACAAUAUUUAACCAACGCAUACGAUAUACAAGUAUUAGUCGAAGGUUGUAAAUUAGUGAAUAAGAUUUUUUCAACAGAACCAUUAAAAUCUCAAAUAGAAUCAUUAAUAACAGAAAUCAAUGAGUGUAAUGAAAAAGAAUAUACCAAUGAAUGGUGGAAAUAUUAUGUCCAAAGUUUAAGUAUAACAAUUUAUCAUCCAACUAGUACAUGCAAAAUGGGGCCGCAUUCAGAUGAGACAACAGUCAUAACACCUGACUGCCGUGUUAAAGGUGUAAAAGGUUUAAGAGUUGUUGACGCAAGUAUUAUGCCGAAAAUUGUUAGUGGAAAUACAAAUAUACCAACAAUUGCUUUGGCUGAACGAGCAAGUGAUUUAAUAAAAGGUAAAAUUAUUGUCAGCGGUUAA